CUCCAUUUGAACUUCACAGAAGUUGGAUUGAAGAGACGGAGGAAGAUAGAGAAGCUGGAGCUGGUGGUGGUACUAUAGUAGGAGUUGUUAGUGAUGGAGGAGGAGGAGAAGAACUGUUGCUCGACGCAGCUAAUCGACGGCAACGGCGAAUUUAACUUUGUUGGUUUGGAGAAGUUCAUGAAAGCUAUGAAGUUUUCUCAGUGCGGCCUCUCCUAUGCUGUUGUCGCAAUUAUGGGACCUCAGAGCAGUGGGAAGAGUACUCUGUUAAACCAUCUAUUCUAUACAAACUUCAGGGAGAUGGAUGCUUUUAAGGGAAGGAGUCAAACUACAAAGGGCAUUUGGAUAGCAAAGGCAGUGGGUAUCGAGCCCUUUACAGUAGUGAUGGAUUUGGAGGGCACUGAUGGCCGCGAGAGGGGCGAGGAUGACACAACAUUUGAGAAGCAGAGUGCACUAUUUGCUUUGGCUGUUGCAGAUGUUGUUGUAAUAAACAUGUGGUGCCAUGACAUUGGUCGAGAGCAGGCUUCCAAUAAACCACUUCUGAAAAUUGUAUUUCAGGUUAUGAUGCGCCUGUUUAGUCCGCGAAAAACGACACUUCUAUUCGUUAUACGUGAUAAAACAAAGACACCUUUCGAAUAUUUGGAACCUAUCCUGAGGGAGGACAUUCAAAAGAUAUGGGAUACAGUUUCAAAGCCUCUGGCCCACAUGGACACCCCUCUCAGUGAAUUUUUCAAUGUUGAAGUCACUGCCUUAUCCAGCUUUGAAGAGAGGGAAGAACAAUUUAAAGAGCAGGUUGCACAACUAAGGCAGCGGUUUUUCAAUUCCAUAUAUCCAGGAGGGAUUGCUGGUGACAGAAGAGCUGUUGUUCCUGCCUCUGGAUUUUCUUUUAGUACACAACAGAUAUGGAAAGUUAUUAAAGAAAAUAGGGAUCUUGAUCUCCCAGCCCACAAGGUCAUGGUUGCUACAGUACGAUGUGAAGAGAUUGCAAAUGAGAAGUUCAGUCUAUUGGCAUCUGAUGAGGAUUGGUUGGCUUUGGAGCAAGCAGUCCAUGCUGGUCCAGUUCAGGGUUUUGGGAGGAAGCUGAGCUCAAUCUUGGAUGCAUAUCUAUCUGAAUAUGAUAUGGAGGCUGUCUACUUUGAAGAAGGUGUCAGAAAUGCCAAGCGUCUGCUGCUGAAGUCAAAAGCAUUACAGUUGGUCCAUCCUGCUUACAUUACUUUGUUGGGGCAUCUGCGUUCUAGUGCACUUAUGAAUUUCAAAAUUCAACUUGAGCAAAAAUUAUCUAGAGGAGAAGGGUUUGUGGCUUCUGUUAAUAGUUGUAUGCAAUCCUCAACGCUCGAGUUUGACAAGGGUUGUUCAGAUGCUGUGAUAAAGCAUGCUGAUUGGGAUGCAUCUAAAAUUCGUGAGAAGCUUCAACGUGAUAUGCAGGCUCAUGCAUCUUCUGUUCGUGCUGAAAAGUUGUCACAACUGAUUGCUAAAUUUGAGAAACAACUUAGUGCAAGACUUGGUGAACCAGUGGAAUCCCUUUUUGACACUGGUGGCAAAGACACGUGGGCUUCAAUAAGAAGGCUUCUGAGACGUGAGGCAGACGGAGCUGUAUCAGGCUUUUCCACAGCCGCUGCUGGUUUCGAACUGGAUCAGGAAGGAUUUGGCAAAAUGGUCCAGAAUUUGAGGGACUAUGCUAGAAGUGUUGUCGUUAAGGAAGCUAGAGAGCAAGCUGGGAAAGCUGUUAUUCAUAUGAAGGACAAGUUUACAAUGGUUUUCAACCAUGAUAAUGAUUCAUUGCCAAGGGUAUGGACUGGGAAGGAGGACAUUAAAGCAAUUACACAUGAGGCACGCUCUGCGGCUGUCAGCAUUUUGUCAGUGUUGGCUGCUGUACGCUUGGAUGAGAAACCAGAUAAGAUAGAGAAUGUCCUGUCCUCUAUGCUUAUUGAUGGCUCGGUUGCCAUAUCUUCCCGGAGUAGAGGUGCUGGAAUUAUUGGAGAUCCUCUUGCCUCAAGCACAUGGGAAGGGGUGCCCCCUGAGAACACACUAAUUAGUCCAGUGCAGUGCAAGUCUAUAUGGAGAACAUUUACUGCAGAAACAGAAUAUGUGGUUACACAAGCUAUAUCUGCACGGGAGGCAUACAAGCGCAGCAAUAAUUGGCUACCUCCUGCUUGGGCUAUCAUGGCAAUGGCUGUGCUUGGAUUUAAUGAGUUCAUGUUUCUUUUGAGAAAUCCUCUUUACAUGCUGGCCCUGUUUGUUAUAUAUUUAUUUGGGAGAGCCAUAUGGGAACAGAUGGACAUUCCUGGGGAGUUUCGAAAUGGCACCAUGGCUGGACUAAUUUCCGUCGCUUCAAGGUUCUUUCCUACAGUUAUGAUUCUUCUGAGGCAACUCGCUGCCAAAGCUCAAGGGCACCCAGCUCAUGAACCAGCCAGACACACUCAAACUCUAGCUUCUCAGAGUUUCAGAAGUCAGACGCCAACACGCACCUCAACAUCUACUUCAACUAUGGAUUCAUCUGUUUCUUCCAACGAUUCAAGUGAAACUGGUGUUGAGUACUCGAGUCCUCAGCUAACUCGCAGAAGAGUAACAAAUGUGGAACACGAGGAGUUUUCUUGAUCCAAAAGUUCGUAUUCUGACACUUCUAUGUAUAAUUUGUUAUGUUUAUAGAAUAAAUGCUUCCAGUUUCCUGUAUUUUUCCA